AUGUCCCAGACUAUUGCUUUUGUCACUGGCACAACUGGCAAUCAGGGCGGCGCCACUGCUCGAGAACUCCUAAACGCUGGCGUCAAAGUUCACGCACUUGUUAGAGACCCUUCCUCCAAGUCCGCGAUCGAGCUCCAGCGCCUCGGCGCGCGGUUGUUCCCCGGCAGCUUCGAUGACAUAUCCUCACUCAAGGCUGCGGUCAAAGGAGCCACUGCCGUCUUUCUCAACGUAUUGCCGGUGUUGUCUGACACCAACCUGGAGGUAGUUCAUGCAAAGAAUAUCAUCGACGCUGCUACUGAAUCCGGAACAGUCACUAGCCUAGUCUAUUCCAGCGUCACCAUGACAGGAAAGCAUGAAGAGUUUCCGAACUGGGGACCCGACUACCCCUUGGCGUGGUACUGGCUGAGCAAAGCCCAGAUCGAGUCUAUGGUACGAGAAUCCGGCAUUAAAUACUGGACAAUUUUGCGGCCGGCUUUUCUCAUGAACAACUAUCAUCAGCCGACGGCGUCUUACAUGUUUCCCGAAUUGGGCCAGAGAAGAACGUUUCUGUCGGCAUAUAUACCCGAGACUGCGAUGACAGUGGUUGAUCCAAGAGACGUCGGCAAAUUUGCGGCAGCAGCAAUCACUGAGCCGCUGUCUUACAACAAGCAUGAGAUAGAUUUGGGCGUCGAGUCUCUUACGCCAGCUCAGAUUGUGCAGGAGCUGAGCCGAGUCAGUGGAGUAGAAAUUGGGCUCGAGUUCUAUAGUGAGCAAGAAGCGAAAGAUGCUGCAUUGAGGAACCCGAAGAUCUAUGCCGAGUUGUGGGCGAAUGAAGUUGGAUAUCAAGUCGACUUUGAGGAGCUGCAGAAAUAUCCGAUCCGCCAGACCAUAUUCUCGGAAUAUCUCGAGAAGCAUAGAGACGAAGUCAUCCAGACAUUUGCUUGA